CGGCAGAGCAGCGGCCUUAAUAAGGAACAGCAGAACACGCUUGAGCGAACGGGAGGACCUGCCGCAGGCUCACGACUAUAAGAGCCCCGGCCUCGCGAAAGAGACGUCCAUUCAGUAGCAAGGCACUUACCACUUGCCCGUCUAGCCUCUUUAUCGCCAGAUACUCGCAUCUCCGGGAGACGCGAAUACAUUUGUUUCUACAUACUGCCGUCUCCCUUUACUCGUAAACUCGUGAGCUCAUCCAAUUGGUUCCAACACACGUCAGUGAUCUUGUGCGUCCUAGUACUUUGACAGAGUGCCGUGCCGAGUCCCCUUGGCCUCUACGAUUUAAGGAGUCCUAGGAACCUUAGUCUUCGGAUAUUCCCUUUUCCACCGUUCCUUAUAUAUGUAUCUGCAAUUCCCACUCGAGUACUUCCUCUCCUUGGAGGAUCUUCUUCAGGAUCGUUCCUUCCUCGUUGGUUAAUCAUAGAUUUAUCCUUACGACUGAUGCACCAGGUCCUGUCCCGAUUGUCUCGGUCCACCUAGAGCUUCUGGAGUACCGUGAGAACGCGUAAGGAUCAUAUUGCAUCCGAGUGCGGCGUGAGGUGAGAGUCGAAGGAAAGUGCUCGAGAUUAAUAUCCUUCAGGAAUCUCUAACGGUACUGCGUGCAAAGUGCUUUCGGAUGCUGGAUCGGGAGAGUGUCGUCGAUCGGCUUGUCUAAAUUCCAUAAAUUUUGUACCUGUUCAUCCCGGCGAUGGAUGUUGGAGCAUUUUGGAUCCUCUUCACCUGUGCCACCAUCCUGGCCAUGAUCGCCAGAAAUCGUUUACGGUCUGGACCCACGGAAGAGGAGGGUGACACGGUAGCCUGGGAGAAGGGCAAGCUCCGCAAGGAGAAGGAUCAAGCGGAUGACAUCAAGAAGGAUAAGCGAGCUGGAAGAAUGAAGAAGCUUCUGAAUGGUCCUAGGGCACUGCCCCUGUUUGGGAGUCUCCAUCUCCUGGCGAGCCCAGGUGGACCCUUCGAAGCGUUCACCAGGUUGGCACGGAAGUACGGAGACAUCUAUGAGAUUCGUCUAGGAGUAGCUACCUGCGUGGUGGUCAGCAGCUACAGUCUCGUCAAGGAAGUUCUCAUCACGAAGGGUAGUCACUUUGGGGGUCGUCCUGAUUUUCUACGUUUCCACCAGCUCUUCGGGGGUGAUCGAAAUAACUCUCUCGCGCUUUGCGAUUGGUCCGAUCUGCAGAUGAAGAGACGAUCAUUGGCCAGGAGUUUCUGUUCGCCACGAAGAGGAAGUCCUCAGCAGGAGGAACUGUCGAGGGUGGCUACCUUGGAGGCAUCGCAAUUCAUGUCGGCGCUGACGAACGAGGAAUCUCAGGACGUUCUGCGCGGCGAACGUUCCUUGAAGCCACUUCUUCUGGGAGCCGUGGCGAACAUGUUCACCAGGUACAUGUGCUCGACGCGGUUCAGUUACGCCGAUCAGGAAUUCUGCAAGAUCGUCAGGACCUUCGAUGAAAUCUUCUGGGACAUCAAUCAAGGCUACGCUGUGGACUUUUUACCCUGGCUCAGACCGUUCUAUGCCGGUCAUAUGAAGAGGUUGAAUAAUUGGGCUACGGGGAUAAGAACCUUCAUCCUGAAGAGGAUCAUCGAUCGGCAUCGCGCCAGUCUCGACUCCGUGAACGGGGUCCCUAGGGAUUUCACUGAUGCCUUGCUUCUUCAUUUAGAGAGUCCCGGGUCCGGUUUAUCCUGGGAACACAUUAUAUUUGAGCUGGAGGAUUUUCUAGGAGGUCAUUCUGCGAUUGGGAACCUGGUGAUGCUCAUACUAGCCAAUUCAGUGGUGCAUUCUGAGGUCCAGAGUAAGAUCCAGGCAGAGUGUGAUACCGUCCUAUCCCAACCUGGUCGAUCACGAGCCCUGGUUACUCUAGAAGACAGAGCCGACAUGCCCUACACCGAGUCCGUCAUCUGGGAAACUCUGCGUAUAUCCAGCUCACCGAUAGUUCCUCACGUAGCGACCCAGGACACUGAAAUCGGCGGCUACAACGUGGCAAAAGAUACAGUCGUUUUCGUUAACAAUUACGAACUGAAUCUAGGGGAGUCUUACUGGGGUCCUGGAUCCCGUGAGUUUCGUCCUGAACGUUUCCUUAAGUACUCCGUCCCAGAGGCCGCUGGAGACUCCGGCGAGAAGCCCAAGGUCAGGAGGCCUGAACACUUCGUCCCAUUUUCAACUGGCAAAAGGACCUGUAUUGGUCAGCGACUGGUCCAGGGUUUUACAUUCGUCCUGGUAACGGCUCUCUUUUCACGCUUCGACAUCUCUCAGGCCUCCGAGGAUCUGGCUUCUCGUCUGUUACCAGGAUGCGUCGCGGUACCUCCGGAUCCUUUCCACCUGGUGCUCGUUCCUAGAGCAGGCAAAUCCGAUGACUGAAAAUAUGCAUGAGCUAACGUUAAAGAGUAUACGUGAGAUUCACCGAACAGUGAACAAUCGUAUAGCCUAUCCGUAUUAUUUGCUGUACUCUAGAUUAUAGAUAAUUUUGGGAAAAUCCAUAAGACAGAGCGAGGGAGGGAGAGAGUAUGAGUGUUUAGACAAUAUAAGAACGAGGCUAAGAGCACUAGGAAGACUGAUUAACAUUGACACGGAAUCGAAUUCUGAAUCGGAAAUAGUGAGAUGCGUAGAAUCUGACGGGUUAAAUUAUGCAAUUUUAGCAUUUCCUAAAUUACAUAUGCUACUCCUAUAUACCGAUAUCGAUAGAUCUCCUUAAGUUUCCAGAUCUAAAAAGUAUAAUAAUGAAAUCUAUAUCAUACGUAAAUACGUGCUUGUACAUGUCACACGCAUUAUCAUACCCACAUUAUCAUCCACUAAUCACUAUAUCAGGAGACCAUGAAGUCGGUAAAUAUUUCCGAUUUAUAUUCUCCUGCGCUUACACUGUAUUCCUCAGACUUUGUAAAUAGGUACACGCGUGACAUAUAUUUCUAUUAAUAAAACAAAAACACAAUUAA